CGUUGCUGCACUUCCCGUUGGAUAUGAGCGUGUUGGUCGCAGAACUAUACGUUAUGGUACAGAAGAUUAAAUAAGACACCGGUGGCCCAGAAAGAUCCUGGAGGUGGCCAUGAUGUGGAGAAGCAUUGUAUUGGUUUGGGCAAUCAACCUGUGUCUCUCUGACAGUAGGAUUGAAGAUCCCAAACAGACUGCAGUGACAUUUCUUGGGAUUGAUGGGAACAGUAGUAAGGAGCAGUGCAGACAGCAGUGUAAGGCAUUCAUAACAUCAGAUCUUUCCUGUAAUUGGUCGUUAGUAUUCCAAGGCCAAUGUGUCCUCCUGCAUUGUCACAACCACAAACUGUGUCGUAAGGCUGCUGCCGGAUGGGUUGUAGAGAGUCUGUCUGAUGUGAUCACUGUUAGAAAGAGAAGAAAACGCAGAGAUGUCAUUUCAGUGCAGAUGAGAAGUUUUGCUGAUAAGAAACAUCAUAUGAAUAAGAGAGAGACAAGAAUCUCAGGAAAUUAUAUAGAAAAUACAGUGACAUCAGUGACAAAACCAUCAGUAGAGUUAGAUAUUGAAACUACCUGGAGCACAAAACCAGCUGACACUACCACAUCUGCCAUCUUGUCAAGCACUAAAACCACCACACCUGAGAGUACAACAUCUAGCACACUCCUAGUAUCAGCCAAGACAAGCACAGCAAACCCAUUAGACGUACAAGCAGUAAUGUCAAUGGCACCAUUGUUUCCUGAGAAUGUUUCUGAAGUAAUAAAAAAACAGACAAGCUCCAUUACAGAGUCUACAACUGUCCGAACUACACAGACAGUAGAGAUAACUACUGCAGCACUAAUUGAAAACAAAACACUUAUGUCAACAAGAGAAUCAAAAAUAGCUACAACAAUAAUAGCCAAACCAACAACCACCAAAACACAAGAAAACACCCCAGAGAAAACAACUGGUAUUGCAGUUAUGAUAGACCCAACAACAACUGCACCAACCAAUGCAGAGCCAACGACACAUGUGUCCAGCACCACAGAUCCAACAACACCUGUGCCAACCACUGUAGAAGCAACUGCAGUGCCAACAAUGUUUGUGCCAACUACCAGAAUAACCUCACCUUCUAUAACAACCAGCCCAGAGCCAAAAACAGCUCUGAUAACAUCUGCGGAAACUACACCAAAGACAACACUAAAUAACAGUGCAGAAGCAAUGGCUAUUAAUACAACAAUAUCCGCUACAAGCAAUGCUAAAGAGAAGUCUCCUGUUACAAGUACUGUAAGGGAGUUGUUAACAGAUGCUACAAACCAUAGAACUGAUGGCAAACCUUUAGGUUCCACCUCAGCACUAACAUUUCCAAUCACUCCUUCCUUGCCAAUGUCUUCAGCUGCUAUAACAAAAGUAACAAAGUUCCCAAAGACUAAAGAACACAACUCUACAUCUAAUCCAGUACCUGACCAGUCUAAAUCCACCCUCCCCAACAUUGUAACCACGGAGGAAAUAACCCAAUCUUCCAUGACAAGCACUGAGUCUACCACUCAAGCUCCAGACCAAAAUAAGAAUAAGGGUGGCUUCCUUACUGUGGCAGAGGGGGUGACUAAGCACAUCCGGGACAAAAGCAUUCUAUUAGCUGUACUUUUGUUAGGGAACCUAUUUUUUUUGGCAGUCAUAGUGUUAUUUGCCAUUCAAGCAUAUGAAAGUUAUCAGAAAAAAGAUUACACCCAAGUAGAUUAUUUAAUAAAUGGAAUGUAUGCCGAUUCUGAAAUAUGAAGGACACUUUUAGUUUCUAGAUUCCAUUCAGUGCUAAUUGAAGAUACUUUUUAAUUUGUCAAUGUGCAUCAACACUUUUAAGGAAAGAACUCUGUUGGGAGCAAAGCACUUUACUUCUCAGGUUGCAAUAUGUUGCUCUGCAGAGGAUUACUGAGGAAUCUCUUCAGCCAUCAAGCCUGAGAUUACCAUGGUCUAAAUGUUUACACCACAAUCAUACAAGGCUAAAAUACAAUGUAGCUUCAAUCACAUUUGGUGCUGCUUCUUCUAGAGUAAUAGACAUCAGCCAUGUGUUUCAUAGUGUUGAUGUAAACUAAUCUUACAACGUCCAAAUGCAAUCAGACACCAACCAAACAUACUCACAAUGCUUCCUGUUUUCAGAACAAAUCAUACUGGAUUUUUUUUUCCUCUGGGAUAUUUUUUGACCAUGUAUUUUGCUUAUAUACCUUCACAUUGCUGCAGAUCCACUCAAUGGGGUAGAUUUAUCAAGCAGCGGAUGCUGCAAUCUACUCCCCUAGUUUCAGGUUCCUCUGAAACUGAAGUUAAGAAGCAGCGGUCUUAAGACCUCUGCUCCUUAACUCGUCCACCACCUCUGAGGUGGCGGACAGCAAUCAUUCCGAUCGGGAUGAUUGACACCCCCUGCUAGCGGCCAAUUGGCCGUGAAUGUGCGGGGGCUGCAUUGCAAAAGCAUUCCACGAGAAAUGCUGGUGCAUGUGGCGGAUAUGAUCCGCUACCUCGGAUCAUAUCCGGAUCAUGUCUGCCCGCAUAAUGAUAAAUCGGCCUCAAUGAAUGUGACCAUAAGUAUGCCAUUUUCUUCAUGGUGUUUGUGUUGCUUGCUGUUUUGUGGACAUGUGAGAGAUAGAGAUAUUUCAUGAUUAUGGUAAUUACAUUUCAUUAGAUGGCUUUUCUUUUAGUUUAUCAGAAUCUAAUUCUCCUUUUGUCUACUUAUUAAGCCACCAGAGUCCACCUUGAGAUCUACACAAAAACCACUGUCCACUUUCACCAACGUCCUGCAAAAUAAAACAUUUCAGUCUAUGUCGGCUUUGCUUGCAUUGUGGAUUAACAUUUCCAUUUACCGUACAAACUAAAGAUCCUCCUAAGAAGCUUGGAUAUGUUAAUGUGCCAAAUCCUCUGAAAUGUUUGUUCCUUCCUCAUUAACAUAGAACUUCCUCUGCAGCAGGUUGCUAUCGAUUUAUUUAAGGUUUAAGAAAUAUGUAUUUUAACUUGCAGUAGAAUUGCAUAUAUUGAGAGCUUCCGAAGUGGUGUGAUACAAAGAAAACAUUGCACUAUGCUUUAUGGCUGAUUAACUUGCUACACGUUAUUAUAUGCUGGUACUAUAUAUUUUUUAAUGAACAUUUUUUUCCUUUUAAUUUA